UACUAAACGUUGCAUGUAUUUGUGUUUUGUUUUGGUCAUUUGUACUUACAAAUUACUUCGCCAAACGAUAGAAAGGAAGAAUUGCAACAAAGCAAAAAUAUUUUGAUUCUUUGUGUUUUUCAAAGGGUUUGUUCGUCUUUGAAAUGAAAUUCAAAACUUGUUGUUGUUGACUUGGAGGAGGUCGACCAAAAAAACACCAAAGUUUGAAAAAAAGAAACGUGUUUCUAUACGUUUAGUACAGUUGAAGGUCGUUCGUCUCACAUGGAAAAUUUUUUAUCAACAUGCAGACACCCGUUGCAUUCAGAAACUUCGCAUUCUGCAUCAAAAAUUAAAUGGAAUUCCAUGCCGGAUAUUUUGACUAUUCACAAAACCAACAUUCAAUCUUUUUCAUCAUUCAGCUUUCGUCGACUUCUCCAUUCAAAAUCGCUACAUAUCGUCAUAAGUUAAUUAAAUAACGACAAGUGUAUCUUUGUCCGAAAUUUUUGUUGCUGUUCCCGAGCUAGAACGCAUACAACAAAUACUACGGCAAUGCCAUUACUAGACUUUGAAUAACAUUGUAUUCCUCUAAAGUAGUCAUAGGGUUAACUGCUAAGCGGCGUUUAUAAGUUGACAUUCAAUAAAAUCAGAUGGGCUUGAUUUUCGUUAAUCGUCACCACGAAAUCUUCUAUUUAUUGUAACACGAGAAGGAUGAGCUUUGAUUACAAGACUGUUUUCGCGUGACUGCGCUAUUGUGCACGGUUGUCGAUGAGGUUGUUGAGUUGCUUUGAACAUUUGCUUAUAUUGUUAAUCUCUAAACAAGGAAAGAGCCAAUCAACGACGAUAAAGGUGGACGCGAUGAACAACUCUGGAGGGAUCUUGUCAGAAGUACGACGCGACAAUCUGACCGCUCAGUUUCAAGAGCCGAGAGGCGUGAAGUUUGCACGGAUUGUUAUCGAGAUAUUGAUUAGCGUUUUUGGAGUUUUUGGUAAUACUCUUGUGUGCAUGGCUAUAUGGAGGAACAAACGUCUCCAGAAUAUAGGUAACAUAUUCAUAUUUAAUCUUUCCAUCGCUGACUUGGGUGUUCUGCUAAUGUGUUUACCGCUGUUAAUACUGAAUGCCGACCUCAAUUUCUCUUGGCCAUUCGGGGAUAUGGGAUGUAAGCUCCUACUUCCACUGACUGAUGUAUUUUACGGAGUUUCCAUCGGUUCUAUUGUUGCUAUUUCGUUCCAUCGCUAUCGUUUGAUAGUUCACUGCAUGGACCAUCAGAUGAGUGCAAGAAAAGCGAAACUUAUCGUGGCUUUUAUUUGGAUAAUAUCUUACGUUCUUUUUGUUUUACCUCUGCAUUUUGUUGUGGAGCUCAAAACAAAGGAUGGCAGGAGUUUUUGCGCCCCUGUUUGGGAACGAGAAAUUUACCGUCAACUCCACGUUGCUUUCGUUUCUCUGUUAUUUUAUGUGCUUCCGCUGGCGUUGAUCGUGGGCACCUACGCGCGUAUUCGGCGUCAACUUCGCGGCGAUCCUUUUCUUCGCUCUCUACUUCGACACGACUCGACGAACUCGGCAAAAAUUCGUCUCGAUCAAAACAACAAAGCCUUAAAAAUUUUGACGCCGGUCGUGGUCACGUUUUCCAUUUUGAUGUUUCCUAUCAACGCAAUACGAUUAGCUGCAGCGUUCGGUAAGGAUUUGCAUGUGAACUUCGCUCAUCUUAGGCUGGUUUACAAUAUCAGUGUAUUGCUUCUGCUGACGAACAGCUCUAUUAACUGCAUCAUAUACGCGGUGGUGAACAACGACUUUCGCAAGGAGUUCAAGCGGAUUUUAAGCUGUUGUGCUCUUAAACGCACGAGGCUCACGAUUUCAAGAACGAGUCCAAAAAAGUAUUCGAUGUAUUCCUCCACUGAUCCUAAGACUGUAGAAGAAACUGUUUGUGCCGACAACGACUCGGUUUUCUUAUAUGAUUCCCGAGACGAGUUAAGGAAACCUGUCCGCACUGAAAAAUUGUUGAAGGAUUUGAGUCGUUAUGAAGUGAGGCGUUUGAUGGAGGACAAUGAUUACGUGGAUUCCGUGUGUUAUUGCUCGUACGGAGAGAGUGUAUCUAUUGUUGUGAGAUAAUAUAUGUACAGGUUUUACAGUCUAAGCAGCAUAAUGCAAGAUUGGUUUUAUGAAAUGCAACAUAACAUAAACUGCAACAUAAGUUUGACAAAGACAUAAAGGGCAUGGCUAAUAUAUAAAUUUUACACAGCGUAUAACAUAUUUAACUACACAACAUAGGUUUUACAAAGUUAAAACUGGCUUGACUACAAAAUAUGUUUUACACAUUGAAAACAAGCUUAGUUACAACAUAGGUUCUAUACACAGUGAAAACAGGCUUAAUAUACAACAUAGGUUCUACACAGUGAAAACAGGCUUAACUACAACAUAGGUAAUACACAGUAAAAACAAGGCAACUACAACUUAAGUUUUACACAUUGAAAACAUGAAGGCAACUACGUACAACAUUGAGGUUUUAUACGAUGUUAAAAAUUUUUAUCGAUCAAUACCAAUGACACUACUAUUUACUUGCGCAAAUGUAUCAUAUUUUUGUAAAUUAAACCGUAUAUCAAAAACUAUUACCAUGCAGUUACAACAUAAGCUGUGAAAUUUUACCAAUUUACCUGACUAAUAUACUGAACAUCGCGAUGCUGUAUUACUUUUGACCCUUGGGCUGUUGGUGUUCGUAUCAAGCGUGUAUGGGGCUUUGAUUUUUUACUGGGUAGUUCAGAGGCAUAGCGUAUCCAACUUCAAUUGACUUGAGUAAUAUAAAAUGAUCUGUAAAAUAGUUCAAGAUUACGAGUCCGAGAUUAUUACACUAAUCAUUACAACAUAACAGUUUGAGUAUUGUCUAUGUUAGAGCAGUCCUGGGAAGGACUGUUGGUGUUUGUAUUGACGGACGUCUUGACUUUCUUAGUGGUAGCCACGACAUUUACUCCCUCUUCACAGACGAUGUACUUAGAAUGUCGAAAAUCAUUCAAUACAAUGUGUCACAAGUUUUUCUAAGGACUGCACUAACCUGGACAACCAGCAUUCACAAACAUGUACCCAUACUCGCGGGUUCUGAUUCAAACCAUUCAUUUUGAAACUAGAAAAGCUAUAAUUAGAGUCGAUUGAUGUAAAUAAUACUUCACUGUCUUCACUAGCACUUUGGUAAUGACGGUUUUUUGUCAUAUUGUGGCUUCAAA